AUGUAUGUAAAAAAUAGCGGCGUGUGUGCGAGGGUGGCGGCGUCCAGCGCCGAGCAGCACACCACGAGCGCGAGCGGCAGCGCCGACUACGCGAGGCGGCGGGCGGCUCGACCGAGCCGGCGGCGGAGGAGGCGACGGACGUCGGUGAGCGCCGCGGACGUGCUGGCCGGCGUGGAGGAGAGCGGCCCGAACUGCGCCCUUCCGGCGGCGAGGGAGGGCCAGAGGGAGCGGCGGGAGCGGCUGCGGGUGGACGAGACGGCGAAGCAGGCGAGGCACACCGAGGCGGCGCGGCACGCCGAGGAGCUGCUGGCGGAGGUCGAGGCGGAGAAGCGCGCCAAGGGCAAGAAGGGCAAGAAGAAGAAGAAGGGCGGAGGGACAGGCGGGGCUGGGCCGUCGCAGGAGACAGAGGAGGGUGCCGAGGCGCCGUCGGAGGCAGACGCAGCCGAGGCCGCAAAGAAGGCCGAGGAGGAGAGAAUUAUCAGGCUUCUCGAGCAGUGUCACGAGGAGCGGAUCCGGCUCGGCAUCACGGCGGAGAGCCAGGCGGCGGCGUCGGCAGAGGUGGCCGAGGCUGCAGCGCAGCGCUCGUAG